CUUUGCAUGCACCAAACAACAACAGCAGGGAAUCAUAACCUUUGCAAUGAUUUGGCCCCCCACAUCAUAACCCUUCCAUAUACAAACCUAUGAAAAAAUAUUAAAGGUUUCCUGUGACCCCAUUUUUCCAUAUCCCAAGACACAGACACCCUUUAAUUAUUGUUUUUUAUUUUAUUUAUUGUUUUUUCUUUACUUGCCGUUGACUGGCUACUUCUUCUCCUUCUUCUAAAAAUCAUGUAUUUCUCGACCAUUUUUUCCACAACUACUCCAUAUAUGGCAAUUGCCCCCAACAUUUUAAUAUAUGGGUCAUCAAGAUUUUAAUCUCUGAGCUUCUUGAUCACUGCUUCAUGGCCUAUUCUUCUUCUACCUACCUUCAUGGGUCUUCUUCCCUAGGUGGUUGCUGGGAUCUUCAAAACCUUGGACUUCUCAACGCAGACACCAUGUCUUUAGUUAUGGAUGGAGCUUCACCUUUUUUCUCGUCUCUGGAGUCUGAUUUCUCUACUGGGUAUUUAGAAGAUGCUUUGCUAGAAUUUAGCGAACGUUCUAAACGGCGACGCUUGCUGUUGUACCCUGAUGAUCAAACCAAAAUAUCAGAUGACCAUCAUCUUGCAAAGAGCUACUGGAAUGAAAACUGUGAGUGGGAAAUGUCUGAGAAUUUUAGUUGCAUGAGUCACAUUACCAGUAGUAUUCAUGGAGUUUCAGAUGAACCCAUAAGUACGCCCAUGAGCAAUAUGAGCGAAGAGGAAGCAAAUGUUAUUGCAGAGGUGAAAACCCCAGAAGAGGAAAUAUCAGCAGCUCCUGAAACUCUCGAUUCUUCAUCUUCUUCCUACAAAGACUCAGCUAAAAUGAAAUCCAUAUUUGACAAGGACAGCCUGCAUCAACUUCCUGUUGAGGAUAAGAGAAAAAAGAGGGUGAUAACUAGGGUGGUGUAUCCAUUUGCACUAGUGAAACCAGGAGGCGUUGAAGGUGACAUGACCAUAAACGAUAUCAAUGAGAGGAUCUUAAUGCCACCGACAAGGCCGGUAAGGCAUCCGGUGGGUGAUUUUGCUUGUAGGCCAUGCGUGUCAACUGACGGACCAGGCCUUUCAGGGAAAGCCGUGGUGGCCCUUACAAGAAUCCACACGCAAGGAAGAGGCACAAUCACCAUUAUCAGAACCAAAAGUUAAACCUAGCUAGAUGAUGAUCCAUAUAUAUAUAUAUAUAUAUAUAUGCAUGUGUACUCAUUUGUAAUCUGCUUAGUUCAUGCUUUGUCUGUUUGAAUUGUAUAGAGAGAAAGAAAAAGAUUUCAUGCUUGUAAAAUGGUUACCUUUUUUUUUUUACAGAGUUCUAGUCAGUGUUUAUUGAA